AUGGUGUUUAACACUGCGACAGUAGGGUCGGCGGUUACGCCUGCUUACCUCAAGCGAAAAUCGCAUGCUCAAAAACCAACAGCGCAUAUUUCCUACGAUGAAGGUCUCCAUUUGAUCCGCAAAUUCCUCAUAUAUGCCUCCCACCAUACUGUAGAAGACGUACAGCGCUUCACGGCCCAAUGGGUUCCUCACCCGCGCUGGGUUAAGGUCGAUGAACUCCGGAUUGACGAGGCAUACAUAAAGAAAUCCGCCGAAGCGAUUCAGGCCGAACUGGGACCUCACGGAAUUGGAAAGGUUGGCGGUAGCACUUGGUGGCAGUGGAGAAGACCGGGUAGCGAGUUGAAGGCCGAAUGGAUUGAGAUGAGAGAUGAUUAUAAUGAGAGGAAAAAGGCUGGUGGAGAGUCGAAGAGGGUCAUGCUAUAUGUGCACGGCGGUGGCUAUUUCUUUGGUAGCGUUGAUGAGCAUCGAUAUCAAAUGCAAAGACAUGCGAGGAAGCUUAAGGCAAGAGUUCUGGCGCCCCGAUAUCGAUUGGCGCCUCAAUUCCCUUUCCCUUGUGGUCUUCAUGACUGUCUUUCGGCAUAUCUAUGGCUCCUCACGGUUCAAGAUCCUACAACUAUUAUCUUAGCUGGUGAUUCUGCUGGUGGCGGUAUGGUUUUGAGUAUGAUGAUCAUUCUUCGCAAUCAGGGCCUCCCAUUACCUGCUGGAGCUAUCCUCAUAUCACCGUGGGCGGAUUUAACACAUUCUUUCCCAAGUGUCGCAGGGAACAACCCACUGGAUUAUAUUCCCCCUCAUGGGUUUCACCAGAGACCAUCCGCAUCAUGGCCGCCACCAAACACUGACGAUAUGCUUCAAGUGGAGGAAGAAAUCGUGAAGAAGCUUGCCCACACGGAACAUGCUUUGUCACCUCAACAAAGUGAGUCUGAUGCAGUCCAAGGAUUUCAUGUUGACCAUCAUCCAGAUGCCGAUCUUGUAAAUGACACUGCUGCCACUGGUACAGCAACGAACGACGGAACAGGCCACGACGCAAAUACUGUUCCUGGACCUGGCCAUGAUCUCUCAAUCCUUAUCGAUGGGAGUUUAGUGGAGAUCAAGGAUCAGAUUCAGAUGUAUGCCACUAAUCAGUUGAUAUCUCACCCACUCGUAUCCCCUAUAUUACAACCGUCUCUUGGAGGGCUACCGCCUCUGCUUAUAAUGGUCGGUGGAGGAGAGAUGCUACGAGAUGAACAAAUAUAUCUUGCACACAAGGCCGCGAACCCGGCCAAGUACCCACCAGGAGAUGCCUUUUUAGAUGAGCAUCCUCGCGAAAAGCAUAGAGAGCAGAUCACGAAGUGGAAGCCUACCGAUGUUCAGCUACAAGUCUGGGAUGAUUUGUGCCACGUUGCGCCUACUCUAAGUUUUACUCGACCCGCAAAAUACAUGUAUCGAUCAAUAGCCCAGUUCGGUGCUUGGACUCUUGCGAGAGCUCAGAAGACUGAUAUUGAGAUCACCUAUGAUGACGAUGUAUCUAUCAUCUCGAAGUCCGAGACUGACGACGAGGACGAAGCACCAACUAAAAAUACCGGAGGUACUACAGUGAAAACAGGUAAAAAGGAAGGUUAUGUUGGGAAAGCUGGGGAUCCUCUGCCUAACUUCAAGCGCCACAUGAUCCGCCAGAGAGUCGAUCGUCAUGGUAGAACAUACGGUUUAGAGCCCGAAUCAGAACUGCCAGCUUGUAAUCUAUCUCCAAGCGAGAUCGGAGUGAUCAAGGCAGGACCCGUGAAGAAAUGGAUGGCAGCAAAACGCGAAUGGGACACGAAGUACGCUUCAGAAAAGCGAAGAAUUCAAAAACAGAGAGCCAAAGACAUGGCUGAAGGUUACAGAGAGUUUGGCAAUGGCGAAGUGCCUCCCCCAUCCGCGCUUGCUGGCCGUAGAAAGACAGGAGAUGAUCUAAAGGAGGCAAAGAAGACUCGUAGUAUGGGUAUGAGUCUCUGGGCGCUGUGGGGUAGCAAACACGAUGAGAAGGCCAUGAACAAUGAGAAGGAAACAGAGAGUCCAGAGGUGAUAGUUGUUUCUCCGAAGACUGGUGAUGGAUCAAAAACACAUCCGCAAGACGAAAAUCAAGCUUCGAUGACAGUUCCUAAACCAGAAGCCAGCCGAAGUCGUUCUAGGCGGCGAACUGUCACAGACCAGCAUCAGACCGAUAACUCGGAUAUUGAUGAAAAUACCUCCGCCGCAGAUCUAAUAGCCUUGAGAAAAGAGCACGCCGAGAAGGAAUCCUCACCGCCUCUAGAUCCGUCGAAUGUGGCACCUCAAAUCCUAGUCCACUCGCCCACAAAUGAAGGCGAUGACUUCGACCGCAGACGUCCUAAGGCAGGUGGCAUCGCUCUCCCUUUCAGUCUUGCGAACCAUGAUGCCAGCGCUAGCAUGACUACUCUGGAAUCUACAGCUGGCGUUCCACCCGCUGCAGAUGUGCGUACGCCGGGAGUCACAGAAAGUGGUGUUGACGAUGAUGACGCGUUCAAAGAUCUAGAUAGCCUUGUGAAAGAUUCUGAUGUCAAUGAUCAUGGGAUUAAGGGGAGACCUAAGGAUUUAGCUGAGGCUCAGAAGAAGGAAGAGCUGGCGGUGGAGAAUGGGGAGGUGGUUAGUGCGGAGAGACCUCCUUUGGAGAGUUUUCAGACUGCGAUGGAGGUUUUGCCUGUUGCUAAGUAA